CCGGCCGCGGAGGGGGCGAGGAUGCCGCGCAUCAGGAGCGGGCGCGGGGCUGGAUACGUCCGCCGCCGGAGGCGGCCGUCGCCGCUGCUGCUCCUCCUGUCAGCGCUGCUUGGGGCGCCGGCGCUGGUAGCUUUCAACUUGGACGAGGAGAAGCUGACGGUGUACAGCGGCCCCCCGGGCAGCUACUUCGGGUACUCGGUGGACUUCUACAUCCCCGACGCCAGCACGGUCAGUGUCCUGGUGGGAGCCCCCAAAGCCAACACCACGCAGCCAGACAUCGUAGAAGGAGGAGCGGUGUACUACUGCGGUUGGCCCGGCGCACAGUGCAGGCAGAUACCCUUCGAUGGGACCAACAACAGGAAAGUGAAAGUCAAUGGCACCAGGGAGCCUAUCGAGUUCAAGACAAAUCAGUGGUUUGGGGCAACAGUCAAAGCUCAUAAAGAAAAAGUGGUGGCUUGUGCUCCACUGUAUCAUUGGAGAACCCUUAAAGACAGCCCUGAGAAGGACCCGGUGGGCACCUGCUAUGUAGCAGUUCAGAACUUCAGUGCCUAUGCUGAGUAUUCACCUUGUCGCAACAGCAAUGCAGAUCCUGAAGGACAAGGCUUUUGUCAAGCAGGUUUCAGCUUAGAUUUUUACAAGAAUGGAGACCUGAUAAUAGGAGGGCCUGGUAGUUUUUACUGGCAAGGUCAGGUAAUCACUGCCAGCGUUGCAGACAUCAUUGCCAACUACUCCUUCAAGGACAUUCUGAGGAAGCUGGCACGAGAGAAGCAGACAGGGGUGGCACCAGCCUCAUAUGAUGACAAUUACAUGGGAUACUCAGUGGCUGCUGGGGAAUUUACUGGGGAUUCUGAACAAGAGUUGGUUGCUGGAGUCCCAAGGGGAGCACAGAACUUUGGCUAUGUCUCAAUUAUUAAUUCUUCAGACUUGACCUUUAUCCAGAAUUUCACUGGUGAGCAGAUGGCAUCUUAUUUUGGGUACACAGUUGCAGUAGCUGAUGUCAACAAUGAUGGCUUAGAUGAUAUCUUAGUUGGUGCCCCUCUCUUUAUGGAACGUGAGUUUGAGAGCAAGCCUAAAGAAGUUGGGCAGGUUUACCUGUACCUGCAGGAGGGAGCCUUCCUCUUCCAAGACGCGCAGCUCCUGACGGGCACCGAAGUGUUUGGGAGGUUUGGCAGUGCAAUCACACACCUUGGAGACCUCAAUCGAGAUGGAUAUAAUGACAUUGCUGUUGGUGCACCGUUUGCAGGAGAAGACAGAAGAGGGAAAGUGCUCAUUUACAAUGGAUACAGUAAGGGGUUAAAGUCUAACCCUUCCCAGGUUCUCAGUGGAGCCUGGGCCUCACAGUCCAUGCCUUCAGGAUUUGGCUUCACUCUGAGAGGAGACUCAGAUGUAGACAAGAAUGAUUACCCAGAUUUAAUUGUAGGUGCCUUUGGAGCUGGAAAAGCAGUUGUCUACAGAGCCAGACCUGUUGUGACAGUGAAUGCUCAGCUCAUUCUGAACCCCAUGAUUGUGAAUCCAGACAAUAAAACUUGUCAGCUCCCUGGCUCUCAGCUUUUGGUGGCCUGCUUUAGUGUGAGAGUCUGUGCAGACUUUGAAGGUCAAAGCAUCUCAGAUGAAAUAGUGCUGAAAGGGGAACUGCAAUUAGAUGCACUGAAACAGAAAGGUGCUGUUAAAAGGACCCUUUUCUUUGAUUACCAUCAGUCACAUCAGUACUUCUCCAUUGCAGUAAAAAGACAGAAGCAGCUCCACUGCCAGGACUUCCUUGUUUAUCUCAGAGAUGAAACAGAAUUUAGAGAUAAAUUAUCUCCCAUCAAUAUAAACUUGAACUACAGUUUGGAUGAGUCCAGGUUUGAAGACAGCUCCACUGUGAAGCCAAUACUCAACUAUUACCAGAAGAGCUCAGUGACAGAACAGGCUUACAUUCUGGUUGACUGUGGAGAAGACAACCUGUGCAUUCCUGACCUGCAGCUUUCUGCCGUGCCAGACAAAGAUCAGCUCAUAAUUGGAGAAGAGAACUAUGUCAUGCUCAUCAUAAACCCAAGGAAUGAUGGGGAGGGAGCCUAUGAAGCUGAGCUGCACAUAAGGAUCCCGCCUGAAGCAGAUUACACUGGGGUUGAGCGCAACAGCAAGGCACUGCGUGUGGUGAGCUGUGACUACAAGCAGGAAAACGAUAGCAGGAUGGUGGUUUGUGACCUGGGCAACCCCCUGGCGGCCGGCGCGAACUUCUCCACAGGCAUUCGAUUUUCUGUUCAGCACUUUGAAAAUGCAGAGUUCAGCAUCAAUUUUGAGCUGCAGAUAAAAAGUUCUAACAAGAUUAAUCCCACCAGCAAUUUGGUUAACCUCCACAUCAACAUCAGUGCUAUGGCUCAAGUACUGCUCAGGGGUGUUUCUCACCCCCCAACAAUUAUUCUGCCACUUCACAACUGGGAACCCACAGAGGAACCUACAAAAGAGGAAGAAGUUGGCCCUUUAGUGGAACACAUCUAUGAGCUGCACAACAUGGGCCCCAGCGCCAUCAACCGCACAGCUCUCCAUGUUGGGUGGCCUGCGGCCAAUCAAGAAGAACCUCUGCUCUAUAUUCUCCACAUCCAGACUCAUGGGCCCCUGCACUGCCAGACCAGCUCUCCUCUUAACACCAUGCAAAUUAAGUUUGCUGUUCCACAAGACACUCCUGAGCUGGCUGCUUUUUUGUAUAAUUCCACCCUUUCCCAUGACAUCAGGAGAAGGGAUGUGGCAGUGACAGAAGCACACAGGAGGAACUCUGCAAAAAUCCUGAACUGUACCAAUGUGAAGUGCCUCCAGAUCUCCUGCACCGUGGGACAGCUGGAAAGAGGGAAGAGUGCAGCGCUCAAAAUCAGGUCCCGGCUAUGGGCCCCAACUUUCCUGGAGAGAAAGAAUGAUCUCUACACUCUUUCUUCCAAUGUGUCCUUCCAAGUUCAGAGCAUGCCAUACAAAGUGCAACCAGCUCAGCUCCCCGAGGGAAGCAUAGCCAUCAGAACAUCUGUCGUUUGGACCACUCCAAAUGUCUCCUUUGUGAUCCCUCUGUGGGUUAUAAUCCUGGCAAUACUUCUUGGACUACUGGUAUUAGCUAUGCUGACCCUAGCCCUGUGGAAGUGUGGCUUCUUUGACAGAGCCAGACCUCCUCCAGAUGACAUGGCUGACAGGGAGCAACUGACAAAUAACAAGACUACUGAUGCAUAGAGGAGGAGAGUGACAGUUCACAUCAGAAUGCUGCCUGAGAGUAGAAACACCACAAGGAUUAAAUGAAGGGCUCCUUCCACCAGUCUUCCUUUGUGCCUUUGAAAGUGACAAGGUGUCAUAAUCCGAUCUAUGCAACGUUCUGAGGAGGUGCCACGUGCUGGCCAUCCUUGCCAAAGCAAGCAGCUCCU